GGAAGAGAAGCGGGGUGAGAGCGCUAUCGUUGCGGCUGUAUUUUUGUUAAAUAUGAUGUAAAAUAUACAAUCUUCAGUAAAAACUGUGGUUGUAGUUUGUUGUGUUCCCUCAUUAUAGCAAGAAACCACAAUUACAGUGAUGAAUCUCCGUUUUGAUUAAGGGGGAGGAAGUCCGGAAUUCCGAAUCUCUCACGAAUGUGAAACAUAAAACUAACUUUACCUCAGUCAAGGCGAGGCGCAGCUGCAUAGUGACCGGCACAUCCGUAUAUUCCGCAUCAGCUUCUUUACUCUCAGAACCGGGAUAAAUUCCACACCGCUACAGCACAUUCACGCUGUAUGUAUUUAUCCGGACAGUGCAUCCACCCCAAUCUGUUUAUCCUGGAUUUACUCCGUCUCCUGCCGCGGGCUCAUUUCUAACUAGAUCACAGUCAUCCAUGUAUCUGCCCCUCUGAAAAAAAAGGUUAGCCAAUACCCAGCCACAACAUCAGGCACUACUAAGGUGUCUCAUCCUCCUACACAGAAGAGAUGGUCGAACCUUGGUCACAGCUGGAUGUUCCAAAAGGACAGUGAGAGUCAUGAGUGACACCAGCAUAUUCUAGGAAUGGAGAAGGCUGCACACAUCAUGCAUCCAUUUAAAACCCUUUUGUGUUAUUAAUCUUCCAGAUUAAUAAGUGACCUCCUGACUAGGGUUGCAACGGUAUGAGAUUUUCACGGGAUGAUAACCGUCUCAGAAAAUACCGCGGUAUCACGGUUAUCACGGUAUCACAGUUUGUUACGUAUAUUAUUAAACUGACCCUUAAAGAAAUUACAACAAAGGUUUUUUGUUCAAUUAACUAUUUAUUGUAGAAACCUGGAACAAUUAUAAUUUUAAUGUCUCCUUAAAAAAAAAAAGCUGUACACCAUCAGGUGAAGGAAACCAGGUUUUUCCACUACUCUUAAGGGCAUUAAGAGUGUAUAUAAAAAAUAUAUAUAUGUAUAAAUAUUAGGGGUGUCACGAUCUCGAUAUUUUAUCGAAAUCGAAUCGAAAUGAGGUCAUGGUCUCGAGUAUCGAAGUCAAAAAGAGGAUCGACGAUCCCUCCCGCGCGCGCUACGCAAAUAGCGCAGCGCGCUACGCAAAUGGCGCGGCACCAACACAGCGCAUCCUAUUCAUUUAAAUAGAGAGCCGCUGCUUGAGCGCAGCCCCGGCCUCAGUUCUGCUGUGUGAGAGACAGCUGCCUUUCAACCACGGAGGAGAAACUGAAAACGGAUUUAUAGAAAUAUAGACAGGGCUCUCAAGUUUUGAGUGUCGGCGGGAGUGUGAUCACUGUUUUUUAUCUGUCCAACGGGGGAGGGGGGGCGGGGGUUGGGCGCGCAGGUUUUGUAUCUGUAUCUAACGGAGGGGUGGGUGCGCGCAGGUGAGAGCGUGUGAACUCGCUGAAAUGCGUGUCAGUGUGACUUGAGAACACUGACUAUAGAUCACAGUGAGGUGGAUUAAAAAUCUUAAACUUAUAAUUGACUACACCUGUUGCUUUCCAUUGAAUUAAAAAAACAUCUUUCUCUCAGAUAAAGUAAACACAAGCGUGUUUCUGACUAAAAUAAAAGCUUUUCAGGAGAGAUAUAAGUUAUGUGUAAAUAUUUAUAAGACAAUACCUGACAAAAUCUGUUUUAAUGACGUUAAUAAACAUCACUGUGACAGCGCUAGUCACAGUUUCACCACAUCACUUAUCUAACCAGCCUGUACUGAUUUCUGCCCCCCAACAAUGCUUUCAAUAACCUCUAAUAGCCUUUAAUAGUCUUCAGUAGCCUUUAAAAGACUUACCUGGCGGCCGUGGUGUGUCCACUAAACUCCGUAGUUAUAAACAUCCUGAGGUUAGCAGCACGCUAACUGACCUGUUUAUAAUGUAAUCCGAGCAGUGACUCCGUGUCGGCUGUUCUGACCUGCUGCUGUUAGCUGCUUGGGCUGAAAGAUGAACUGUAGUGAGCUGUAUUAUCCGGUUAGUGGGGUUAAAACCUUUAUUUGUUUACAGAAACAGUAAAAACGGACUGGCUGAGCCCUGUAGCCCGUGGCUGGGCUGUACUGAAGUAGUGACUGAGUGAAGAGAGCGGGGCUUGUGCUGCUGCAGCUCCGACUAGUGGUUGGAUGAAGAACUGCAGCUUCAUGUAAGUGAGCAGUUUCACCAGCCAUCCACACACAGCUCUGAUAAACUGCUUGUUUUAAUAGUGCACACUGUUGCUACCAAAAAAAGUCACUAGAUGGCAUUACCAUAUAUAUCUUAAUAAAUAAUAAUAAUAAUAUUUAUAAUAUUUAUAAUAAUAAUAAUAAUAAAUAUAUUAUUUAAAUUUUAUGAGGCAUAAAAUAAUAACAAGAAAAAAAAACAAGAAAAUCGAGAAUCGAAUCGAAUCGUGACCCUCAAAUCGAAAAUGAAAUCGAAUCGAGGAUUUAGAGAAUCGUGACACCCCUAAUAAAUAUAUAAUAUAUAUAUAUAUACCUUUACACGGACCUUUACACGGACAGGUGAAUCCAUUGUAGCACGCACUUCACGCCUGUACCCACGUGCCCAAAUUUCGGAUAACUCGGCGCUUUUGCGGGCGCUUACCGCAUGGGUUAUGCACGACUACAAAAAGGUUUUAUUUAGGUUCAGAUUAAAUUUAUAAACUAAACACAUACUUUGCGCUGCACAGCGGGGUGGUGUUCUCGGAGAUGGGAGAACAGGUUUGACGGAUGUCCACCUUUAGCUGUGACUUUACGGCCACAUUGAUUACAAAUCGGAUAACCAUCCUCGGGUGCGUUCGGCGGGUCUCUGAAAUAGUCCCACACUGCUGAUUUUAGUUUAGCCUUUUUUUAGGCGGACGGAGAUUUGUUUAGUCUGAUGCACUUUCUGCUGUUCUCACCGCUGUGUGCUGAGUAGCUGAAGCGGAGCAGAGUUGCGCAUGCGCGGGUGAGUUUCUCCGCUGACUUGCCUUUUACCGGUACUAAGCAAACACACACGGUAUGAUAACCGUGCAUUUUAAUACCAUGGUAUACCGUGAAACCGGUUACCGCUGCAACCCUACUCCUGACUUUCUGCUGGUAUAAACAAUAGAUUUGAGGUUGGAGUUAGUAUUGGUAUUUAAUAUUUGUAAAUACAUUUCUGAAAUUGAAUUCAGCUUAUUUUUAUGCACCCCUCAACAUUUACAGACUAACAUUUUCAAAACUAAAAUGAACAUCUUCCUUCGUCGUUCGGCUGCUCCCUUUAGGGGUCGACACAGCGAAUCAUCUGUCUUCAUCUUGUCCUCUUCCCUGCCUCCUCUUCGGUUACACCAACAAUCUCCAUGUCCUCCUUUAUUACAUCCAUGAAUCAACCAACUCUGAGGUCUUCCUCUUCUCCUUCUACAUGACAGCUCUAUCUCCAACAUCCUUUGUCCAAUAUAUUCACUGUCCCUCCUCAAUACAUGUCCAAACCAUCUCAACCUGGCCUCUCUAGCUUAAUCUCUAAUCCCAUCCACUUUGACUGUCCCUCUCACCUGCUCAUUUCUAAUCUUGUCCAACCUUGUCACAACCAAUGAAAAUCUCAGCAUCUUCAUCUCUGCCACCUCCAGCUCAGCCUCCUGUCUUGUAGACAGCUGUUCAUCAUAGCAGGUCUCAUACUAUCUUGUACACCUUCCCUUUUCUCUCUUGCUGUAAUCCUCAUCAUCAUCAUCUCUUUUUUACACUGUCCGUUGCUCUGAAUGGUUGACCUCAGGUAUUUGAAAUCAUCCACCUUUAUGACCUCUACUCCUUGCAUCUGUACCUUUUUACCUUCCUCUCAUUUAUACACAUGUAUUCUGCCUUUUCUCUGCUGACCUUCAUUCCUCUUCUCUCCAGUGCAAAUCUCCAUCUCUCCAGGUUCUCUUCCACCGUCUUUCUACUCUCCCCACAGAUUAUAAUUUCAUGUGCAAACAUCAUGGUCCAUGAGAUCUAAUGUCUGACCUCAUCUGUCAACCUGUCCAUCACCAUUGAAAACAGGAAGGGGCUCAGAGCUGACCCCUGAGACAUAAUGGCAGACCUGCUUCCAAGGAGUAAAGUCAAAGGUGUUGACAUGUGUGGUCAUAGUGUAUUCCAUCACUUUAUUAUACGCUCUGACCUUGGCUGCUACAUGUACUCAACUGAUGUACAUAAAGGACUCAACCUCACAAUUUACAAUUUACACCCCUCCUGUCAGGGAGGAGACCACUACCUCGCCUCUCAAAACAGGUUUUUCAUCAUCAAAGGCAGUCGUUAUCGGUGCGUGUCUGAUAUGAGUACAGAUUUAGAUUCUGCUGUCUAUGACCUCCACCCAAAGUGUCAGGGCGGUGAACACUAUCUGUCUGUUUUUGGGCGUUUCUACAUAAUCUUUCAGAGCAGAGGAGUGUUUCGCACUACUUCUGAUUUGACUACAUAUGGAGAUGGAACAGAAAAUAUUCUGCAUCCCAACUGCAAGGAUGGCCUGUACUACUGGGCGACUUUUAACGCCAUUUUUUUGGUCCAGCCGAAAGGUGACUGGGGGGUCCAGUUCCACAGAACUUAUAACCUAAAUGAACCUUAUGCUAGUACAUACUCAGUUCACCCUGAUAUCCUGAACUUCCUUCCUGGUGGAGUGGCUGUCACACACGGUACAGCAUUUGCAAAAUGGGAACUCAUUAAGACCAUUGCCAAUCAUUCUAAAACCCCCAUAACUUGGGAAAAGAGGAUAAGCAGGAAAGUGGGCUACACCAAGGCCAAGUCAUCAAGUAUGGAGCACAACUGGAAAGUGUCCCUGAGUGCUUCAUACACGGCAGGAACUCUGACUGAAGCAAUCGCCAAAUUCCAGUUCUCACUGACUGGAAAAUACGGCGGGGCAAAGGUCAACACGGAAAAUCAAAGCUGGGAAGAAGCGACUGAGACCGAAGAAAAAGUGAACCUGACUCUGCAGCCCAACGAGAAAAUAUACAUGUGGCAGUACAAGCUCGGCUUUGGCAAAGAAGAUGUCCUCUUCUGUCGUGACAUAAGAUUUAAUGAUGAUCCAAACCCCCCUACUGAUGUUCCUCUUCCACCGUCCAACAUGUAGCAUGCAUGUACCUGAUUCUCUGGUUGUGGGUUCUUCAUGGUUAGACAUGCUGUAGAUUAGAUACGUUAUAAUUUAGAUUAUAGAAAAGUUUACAUUUACAGCAUAUACUGCAUGAUUUAGUAAUAGAAUUGUUUAGUUUAGGAUUAUAUUAAAGCAAAGAAAGAAAGAAACAUAGAAAUAUUAGCAAGAUUAACCUGUACUUCUAUCUAUUAAGCCUAAUUAACUCUAUUUAUUCUGACAUUUGAAAUCAUAGCUAAACUAAGAAUUUUUUAUUAUUAAGUUUAAAUACAUUUCAAAUUAUAUAAUAUUGUCAUUAUUGCCAUAUAAACUGUAUUGUGGCACAAUGGAAGUGCCCUCUGAUAAGCAAGAGGUCUCCAGUGUUGUAAAAAAGAAAAUGAAAGAUGGGUUCACACCCACCCCUCAUCCGGGGUACAACUCCCCUACGUGUUCGUUUGAUAGAGUCGCAGACAGGUGGAGUGAAGUUGGAAGCAAACCAAGUAUUUAUUACUGAAUUCAGGAGAACCAAUAUGCAUGUUAAUAUGCAUAAUUUCACGUGUUAGUACUCAAGUUUCUCGUGUCUGACCGGACCACUAGUGUCUGACCUUGACUGUGUUCUUCCAGAAUGGAACAUCGUGUUACUAUCUGUGUGAGUGUGCGUCACCCCCCUCUUUGAAGAAGCUGCAGGUUCCCCCACACACAGAAGGCCGCUUUGAUCUAGCAAUUGUAGCAAUCUAGUCUUGUACCGAGUGUACCAGUCGAGUUGAUGACCGUUAGUUAGGGUCAUGCAGUGAACGAAAUGCUUCAAGCAUGAGCUACGCAAGUCACACAAUAGAUUUCAUAUGUUAUAUGUUAAUGUGUUAGUAACGCGUGGUUAGUCUGCCAUAUAAUAGAUCCUAUGUGUUAGUAAAUGCCUUAUGUAUCAUGUGGGUUAAUUUGUCAUAUAAUAGAUGUGUUAGUCACAUGCCCACAUGCCUGAUCAAACAAUGUUUUACUAUAUGUGUAAAGAAUAUAUAUUGUGGUUAUUGGUUAAUCUUCUAUAUAAAUGCGUAUAAAAUACACUGUGAGUAAUAGAAAUGCGUAUCAAGUACAAUGUGAGUAUUGGUUAAUGCAUAUAAAAUACAAGGUUUCACACCUUUAUGUAAUUAUAGAUACUAAGUUAAGUAAUCAUAAUUGAAAGAUAUUUGUCAAUACACCCAAAGUAAAAUAAACAGUUACUCUUCACCAGA